AAAUACGCAUGCGCUGCCGCAGUGGCCAUCUUUAGUGUGGGUCGAAGCUAGCGGUGCCUACGGGCCUACCUGCGCAUGCGCAAGCCUUCUGUUUCCUCUUUCGAGUAGCUUUGAUUACAGUGGAGUCUCCGCGCGCCGUUUCUCUGCGCCUGCGUGCUGCGGCCCCGUGCAGCCUGGGAGGCGGGGUUUAGCUCCAGGUUUGUACCGCCGCUGAGUGGACGCGAACUAGGUCUACGAGGUCCACGGAAAUGACUCCCGACCGGGUGCUGGAGAGAGCGAUGUGAAAGCGAGAAAGCGGGCCCUGCCCUUCCCAGCUCCGAGCGCGGCUUCCGCGGGCUGGGAUCCGUGGGGUGGGGUCGGUCCUGGCCUGGCACUGCAGCCUGCCCUGUUUGCUGGGCUUCUCUGGUCCUCUAUGUCCUUGGGCCAUGGAACCCUUGCAGGCAGCACAGCGGCGCCCCUGUCUGCAGAAGGGGAAGUGACUUCCGGCCUCCAGGCUCUGGCGGUGGAAGACACCGGAGGUCCCUCUGUCUCGGCUAGUAAGGCCGAGGAAGAGGGGCUGGGAGGUCAGGAGGAGGCCGGGCGUGGGGGACCCGGGGCCGAGGAGGCUCGAGACGCUCCCAGCGCUGCGGGCGCCGAGCGCGCCGAGGGCGAAUCUGAAGACUGGUGCGUGCCCUGCAGCGACGAGGAGGUGGAGCUGCCCGCCAGUGGGCAGUCCUGGAUGCCCCCACCCUCCGAAAUCCAGCGGCUCUACGAACUGCUGGCUGCCCAAGGAACUCUGGAGCUCCAAGCCGAGAUCCUGCCCCGCCGGCCGCCUACUCCCGAAGCCCAGAGUGAAGAGGAGAGAUCAGAUGAGGAGCCGGAGGCCAAAGAGGAGGAGGAGGAAAAGCCGCACAUGCCUACAGAAUUUGACUUUGAUGAUGAGCCAAUGACACCAAAGGACUCACUGAUUGACAGAAGACGUACGCCAGGAAGCUCAGCCCGGAGCCAGAAACGUGAGGCCCGUCUGGAUAAGGUCCUCUCGGACAUGAAGCGACAUAAGAAACUAGAGGAACAGAUCCUUCGGACUGGGAGAGACCUCUUCAGCUUAGACUCAGAGGGCCCCAGCCCUGCCAGCCCUCCACUCCGAUCUUCAGGAAAUAGUCUCUUUCCCCGGCAGCGGAAGUACUGACCCUUGCUGCCAUGACCUGCAGGUGCAGACUGUUUCCACUGGGCAUGGCCAGCCUUUCCCAGCCCAGGCUCUGGGAAACUUGUCACAGAAAAAAAGCCUCAAGCUCACAGCUCAGUGCCUUGCGCGAGAGUGUGUGUUCUGUUGAAUGUCUGUUUGCAGUUCUGAGCUGGAUUUGCUGAGUCUAAUAAAAGAUGCAGAAUGA